AAUUUAUUCUGUAGUCACGUUACCAAUCGCAAUGAAAGUGCAACAGUAGAUUUAAUUGAAGUAUCUAAAAGGUGGUUUCAAAUUUUGUGUUUGUUUAGCUUUUAGCAGGGCUUCCGGCAUACAAACUGCGCAGUGAGACGGGUGAAUCCGGUGAAAGCAGUGAAACCAUCCCGCGUUCGUUGCCCUGCGAUGUCUUCUGUGUGUUAUGCUAUGGUUUACAUCAUCAACGACCUCAGUUUCACGGGCUAGUAUUUUCGUGAUGCAACCUUUCAGUGAGCUUUGUUAAUCAUUUAUUCGGUGCUACCAGUUGUGCUCGCCAUGCUGCCCCGACAAGCUCCGUUGGAUAUACUGGACGAUUUGUGUUCUCGGUUUAUCAUCAACAUACCCGAGGAAGAGCGCAAAGACCCGAUACGCCUGUGCUUUCAAGUCGAACUCGCCUACUGGUUUUAUCUGGAUUUCUACUGCCCCGAGAACCCCGCGUAUCCCCAGUGCAACAUGAGAGAGUUCACGCAGAUGAUAUUCCAACAUGUGCCUUCACUCCAAGAACAUUUGCCGAACUUAGACGCUAUCAUCGACAGUUGGAAGGAGUACAAAAUGGCUGUGCCGACUUUCGGGGCGAUAGUACUCGACGAAACGCUCGAGCACGUCCUGCUAGUGCAGUCCUACUGGGCCAGAGCGACCUGGGGAUUUCCUAAAGGCAAGGUGAACGAGGGCGAAGAACCGCACGUCUGCGCCGCGCGCGAAGUGCUAGAGGAGACGGGCUACGACAUAACGCCGCUUCUCUCCAAAAACGAGUUCAUCGAGCGCCAGAUCCACGACCAGGUCACGCGCCUCUACAUCAUCGCCGGCGUGCCAAUGGAUACGCAGUUCAGCCCGCGCACACGAAAGGAAAUUAAAAGCAUCGAGUGGUUCGCCAUCGCCGAUCUUCCGUCUCACAAGCGCGACCAGGCGCCGCGAACCACUCUGGGCAUGAACGCGAACGCCUUCUUCAUGGUGAUGCCCUUUGUGAAACACAUCCGCAAGUGGAUCUUCAACAGCCGCCACCGCCGGUUGCAGCAGCAGCUGAGUGACGGCAUGCCUUCCAUCACAGACACGGAAAAGCUGAAGCAGAAGCAGCAGCAGUAUUUCGCCAGCCUGUAUCAGAACGAACUGGCCGACAUACUGCGCCAGAAGGAAUGCUCGGGCCCGGCAGCGACGAGGAAUGGGAUCGAACAAUCGCCGAGACAUCGGCGAAGUGUGGGGCCGUUGUUCAGUGCGUUGUCCUGGACGAGGUUCUCUCUGGACAGGAGCUCUCUUGCAGCAUGUUUUUGCGCAUGAGUCUUCCUUUGCGUGGGUCAAUUCGAUUUUGUCUGCACUGGCUGCACUAGAUGCCUGUGGUGACUGGCAGUGUUGCACUCGGGCGAUACGAGUCUAGCAUUGUCGUCACUGCUGUGUCGUCAGCCUUAAAAUUUUACAGAAUACCGAGAUCAUGAAAAUAUUUUUUUUCUUUUCUUGUAAGUGUCCUCAAGCAUUACCGAAGUAAAAGAAAGCAGUCCAUAGGUUGCACAUGGGACUCCUGCCCCAGCAUCUAACUCACGUGUAGCAUUAUCAAACUGUGAGGAUAACUAAACUUUUUUGCUGCUCUUGUGUUUUGAAAGAGCUUGCCAUCAUUUGUACAAAGCCUACAGAGGUCUUACAAGGAAGGUAGAGUCAAGUGAUUUCUACGCAGGGUGCACACAAAGGACAAGGGAAAAUACACAGUUAAACAUUUAAAGCAAUUGCAUUAAAUUCAUGUGAGCUGAAUGACAAAGGUACUGAAGAAUGUUAGUAAACUUUCCUUAUUCAUUCAUGUAUGCAUUACUUAGCUUUACAUUGAAUUUUUUUAGGCCAAGUGCUACUCUGGCAAAGUUCAACCAUCUGAUUCAAGUUGAAGCUUGGUUCACCUCUUCCUUUCUCUCUUUUUGAUUGACUUGUGCAGUGUUCCGAGAACACCUUCACUUGUUUAUGCGCAUCUGUAGGUUUUGUGCCUGCAGUGUACAAACACCACUUUUCAUCAGUAAGGCCUUUACUUCUUUUAGUGGCAUUCACAUGGGGGAUUGACAGAGGUCACACAACCAAUCGCGACUUUCAACCAAGGAGUUGCUCAAAGUGAUCAUUGUUCACACUGGCGAGCAUGUCCUUCCUGUUGCUAUGCCAAAAUGUCUUGAAAUUAGUGCAGCUCAUGCACAAUGUGUGCAUGUCUGCUUGCAUUGCCAACACAAAAUGAAUUUCAGCAUAUUCUAGCAUCCUUCUCCUGUACGCUGAUUGGUUCAGCAGCUUUGCGACUCCAGUUGCAGAGCUGGAGAAUUGGUCAGGACAGGGACCCCACGUGUUCAAUUGCAGGGGUUCAAUUGCAACUCCCAGGCCCUAUGGUGUAGUAAAUUAGGCCUUGGUUUCACAAAAACAGGACACACACACACACACACACACACACACACACACACACACACACACACACACACACACACACGGUGUUUCAGCGGACACUUUCAAAAAUUUUUAAAGAUUGCCUGUGGCAGAUAUCAAAAUUCUAGUUUGAGCCAGUCUACUUGAAGUGGCGGACACUACUUGCACAAGAAAAUGAAAUGCAAAAUAGAUUAGCAAUUAAUUCACUAAUUAACUUUCCUAGCUAAUUAUGAUCUGUAUUGCAAUUUACAAAUUCUAGUAGUGGACUUCGCAAGGCAGAUCCACUUAAAACGAAUUCUCAGGACGACACCAGUUUCGAGAUAUAAAUUCCCAAACUUUGUGGAGAAAUGCAUUGGCGUUCCAGUUACUUGUAUACUUCAGUGCAUAAAACGGGGUUUUGUUAACAAGAUAACUGGAACGCCAAUGCAUUUCUCAGCAGAGUUCGGGAAGUUAUAUCUCGAAACUGGCAUCAUCUUGAAAAUUCAUUCCAAGUGGAUCCGCCUCGCGAACGUCGCAGCUAGAAUUUGCAAAUUGCAAUUUGGGCCAUAAUGUAAUUAGUUAAUUCAUGUUUAUUAAAAGUCGAUUUUUCACCUCAAUUUUUUGUGCAAGUAUUGUCCACCACUUUGUGUAGAUCAGCUCAUGAACUAGAAUUGUGAUAUCUGCCACAGGCAACUCUUCAAGAUUUUUGAACGUGUUCGCUCAAACACACUAUACAUAUUGUUCGCCCAACGCAACCAUUGGUGACUGUUUCUUUGUUACCAACUUGGUUGUGCUUGACUUCUGCUACUCACCAGUGUGAAGGCCACCUAACCCUUCCCUAACCUCACAGCCUACAAAGGUGCUUGGUGGGAGUUCCUGUGUGCUCAAGGGCGUGAUAUUAAACAGCAGUUUGCAUGCGUGUUGUACAAUACUCUCCAGUUUUCUUUGUAAAAUGUGUCAUGACAUUCAUAGAAAAGAAUGACAUUAGUGUCUUGCUUCUAGCACAUUGCACUGACAGCCCUUCCCCUAGGUACAUUGCACAGCACCUAGCUUGAGAUCGCAUAAUGAUUAUGAAAUCGGUAGCAGAUUGCUGAAUUCUCAAAAAGGAAGUGUUUUAACCAUGUGCCAUUGCUUAAUUCUUUGUCUUUCUUAAUUGCGCCAUUUCCUAUGUGAACUAAUGUGUUCCGUGUACGCUGUUUAAUAUGAUUUAGCCUGACACUUUUAUUUGUAACCUAUAUGUGCAUAUUAUUUUGGCACUGCAGAAGAAUGCCAUUUCUUGCAUCUAGGACAGCAAAGUGCUGUAGCAUAAUAUAUUGCUAUUGGAUGUUUUUACCUCUUUUUGUUCAGAGAGCAGUGCUAAACGGGACAGGGACUAAAAGGGGCAGACAGGUGCUACCUUCCAACUGACUUCAUUCAAGACUUCCAGUAAUCCUUACAAAUCUAAGAGAGGGAGAGAAAGAAAACACGACUAGAGGUAAAGGAUGGCAUCCUCUAAGCCAUUAGUGCAAUAUAAAACAAGUCGUGUCCACUUUCCUUCUGGUUGACACUGCAUCAGGCCAUAUAUUCUAUGCCACUGCUUGUUUCGACAUCACAAACAAUGAGGUCAAAACAAGUCAUAAGAAAUGCGCAAUUAGCCAAGACAAGUCCUAUGUAUAGAUAUUGUUAUGUGAGACGUUUUGGCAACUCUGCACUCUUAAAAGUGAAGGCAUAGUUGGAGGUUGAUAGUGCUUCACUGUUAGACGGGUCGGACCAUUUGAGCAAAUACAGGGAAAACAGGUUUGGUGUUUCGAACGGCCUGAAUGAUGUCUUGAUGUGAGUGUUAUACCUCUGAAUGUGGACGUUCCGCCUUGUAAUACAAAGUUGUGCCAAGCAAGCUAUAGUUUUUGUAGAAAUUGUCAAUUUCUUGCAGAUAAAAAAACAAAACUUUUCGAAUUGAAAAUUUGAGUGAACAUAAGUUACAAAACUUCAUAUUCUUCACAUUCUUGCAUUGUAAAUUCUAGAGUGUAGAAGACUGGAGUUUGUUCAGCUCCUUUUUUUUCUUUGCAUGUCAGUGAAAGUGUAACACGUAUUGAGCAUGCUUCUUUGCCAGUGUUGUUUGUGCUUUUGAGAUUAUUGCUGUUAAAAGCUCAAAAGCUGGCAAAGCUUUGGAGCUUUCUCACCUCUACUUAUCAUGGUGCUUGAUGACACAUGACACACAGAUGCUUAAUUACUUUUGUUUUGUACAUUUAUGUAACAAUUUCAGUAUUGUAGCAUCUCCAUGUAAGCAAAUGAGUGAUAGUUUCUAGCCAGUUCAUACAGAGUUGGUACUGUCAUGCUGUGAAAGCUUAUUUUAAAAAGGUGUGCUGUAUUCUUUGUCAUUUGAAAAUGUAGGUAACGGGACGUUCUUGUACAUCGAUCAUGGUUGUAGCAUCACAGGCAAACUUGACACAUUUGGCAAAUUUCAUUAACUUGCGGUCUGCUUAUUUGAAGUUUUUCUAGAAGCGCUUGGUAAAAUGAAGUACUCACCUUGUGCAUACUUGCACCAUGUGUUGCUAUAGGAUAAUUUUUUUUUAAGCUUUACUAGUCUGGUAGUUUGUGCCAUUGCCUGACAGUACAUGAAGCAACUAAUAUUAUUGCUUACAAUAAUGCAGUAGUGACAUACACAAAUACAAACUGCUGUAGUGAGCAUUGAGGCCGUACAACAACAACUGAUGUUGGUAAAGUGACUGCAAGUGCACUUGAAACUGAUGGGCAGAAACCUGUCACUUCAACAGCAAGCUGGCUGCUUUUCACCAGAGUGAACGAUGGUGGUGUUACCGAGGGCUGUGGUAGUGACUGCUGUAGCAAAUUAAGUUUCUGAAGUGAUGUGUGGCGACCUCUUCACCUACUUAGCAAUGCAUUAGCAAAGUGUGCAUUGUAGUUGAAUUCGCUGUUUCUUAUAUGUACUGGUUGCUGUGCAACUUUUGAUAAGACUGGGGGAAGACAUGCUGUGAAAGCGUCUGUGCACCCAUAGUAACAGUAUUGCGAGCUGCUGUCAAGUGCCUAUGGUCUCAUUUUGUUGGACAAUUCUAGCUUGACUUAUAUUCAAGUGCACUCCUGUUGCUGUAUUAUUGUCAUGCAGUAGGGCUGAAAUCUUGUCAAGCUUUGUUCCGAGCAUAAUGCGGCAGCACCACACCUGCCAACAGUCUUCUUUAUAGAACAGAAAAUCGGGCUAGUUGGUCUACACUAAACAUGGUCUUGAGUAGCGCUAACUUCACGAAACACAAGAACGACAAAAGAGCACUUGGUCUGCAUCUCUCUUCUGACUAGUAUAGUCAGUGAUGGUCACACAGCAUGAUAGCAUGUCUUAACAUAUUUUGUUUGAAUAUGUCAAAAGAGGUGGCCAUGGCCUCACGGCAAUGCUGAUAGCAUGUACAACUUUUGGUGGCAUGUUUUGAAUGCUGGAUACCUGUCAUCUUUUUUCUUUUUUUUUGCGGGAUGUGCUACUUGAAGGAGACAUGCUUUUGACAUCCACAGUUUUUCAUGCAAAGGCUGCAACAUAAUUACUCUCCCUUAUUCCACUCUGUGAGCUAUCACUCUUUCCAUCCAAGUCUCUGUGAAAGGUUGUUGUUUAUUUUGAUGCUGGGACCUAAUACACUUGUAGCAGUCUUGAAAACCUUUCGGGGAUGUGAAAAUGAUGCCAAGGGAAGUGUGAAAUCACAAACCAAAACUUUGGUGAAUCCUUGAGCACUUUUAAAUGACAAAUUAUUCUGCUAAGGAAUGACAAUGACAGACCUUAUAUGAAAUUCUGGAAAGGGGCAUCUCCAUUGAUGAGUUUCAUACAACGAAGAUGUCUAAUCCCAUGCUUUACUAGGAAACAAGGGCACAUGCUGCUGGCACACUUCCAUACAUCAGUAAAGAUUGGCGAUGCUUGUUCACUCUUGCACAUCAAUAUAUUCAGAUAUGCACUUAAUGAUCACUCACAUCCACAUUUAUGGAAUCACCAUGAGUGAGUGCAUUCACAAAUGUGCUUGCCUAUCACACAUUUAUAAUGACCACUUUUGAGGCACUUGCACUUUUGGGCAUUCUUUUGCAUUCAGCAUCACGGCUGCUCACUCUCAUAGAAACUUUAGAAGGGGUAUAUCUAAACUCGGUGCUCAUUUACACUCUUGCUUCCUCACUUGAACCUGUAACCUUCAGCUUUAGAAGCACUUCAUAUGCAACCUCUGUGAUUGAAGCGGUUGCAGUUGCGGCCCAUUUCCCAGAAUUUCUUUUCAGAAUUUCCAAGAAGCCCAUUUCCAGAAUUUCUUCAAAAGGUCAUUGUUUUGAGUUAGGCUACAUGUGUCGCCAGCUAUGUGAGCUUUAGUUAAAUUGGUGUUGUCAAGCUCAUGUGACAAUGAAGGCAGUACAAUUCAUGUUCUGAUUGUCACAUAGCAAUUUUUUUUUCCAUUUAAUUUUGCUGGUCAGUUGGAGGCUUUGUGCUGGUGCGUGUUGCGCAGGUCUCUGGAUGAUGUGUCUGACCUUGGCGCAUUUACUGUGAGUGAAUAAACAAGUGAUGACACUACUCGUUAA